UUUGCGCUGGACGUCCGUGAAUGUUUUGAUUUGGUGACACGCUUAAAGAAAGUGCGGUGCACUCAGUAAAAGCCCUCUGGUUCGCUCUAGUUUUCUUGCCCUUGAAAUUCCAAGUCAUCCAUAACCUCUAACCUCCCAUUGGUAUGACAACCAGAAUUGUGAUUGUGCUACUGCAAUGAGGGUAUCCGGUUACACUCGUUUCUUCGUGGAUUAUUUUUCUUCAGACUUAUCUGCCUACCUUAUCCUAAUUCUAUCAUGGCCUGCUCUCCAGCCUGCAAGAAAGGGACGGUGUUUAGCGUGGGAACUCUUCUGCUUCUUGGAGGAAUUCUUGCUGGUCUAUUUUGGUGUGAUGUAGCUGAUUAUAUUUAUAAAAGUCAACUGUCUCUCAGUCCAUCAUCUGUGGGAUUUAAGAUGUGGAGAGAAACUCCUAUUCCAAUGUACCUUGAAAUACGCUUCUUUAACUGGACCAAUCCUGAGGAAGUUAAAGCUGGGAAAGCCAAACCUAAGGUUCAACAGGUUGGCCCUUACACCUAUCUGGAAAAGCAUACCAGAGUGAAUAUGAAGUGGCACCCUGAAAAUGACUCAAUUACUUUCCAACAAGUUCGAGAAUGGCAGUUUGUUCCUUCCAUGUCGUCUGGAACACCAGACGACCAAAUUGUGUCCCUAAAUGUCCUAGCAACAACAAUUGCAAGCAUGGCAAAAAACUUAGGAAGUUUUUAUAAAGUACUUCUAAAUGCUGCAUUAAAUUUUGAAGAAUCAUUUGCAGUUAAGAGAACUGUCAGAGAAUUAAUGUUUGAUGGGUACAAAGACCCGAUUCUCAAUAAGGCCGCUGUAGUUAUGAAGUAUUUAAAUGUAUCAUUUCCUGACAAAUUUGGUUGGUUCUUUUCGAGAAAUAUGUCAGAGACUUAUGAUGGCACAUUUAACAUGUACACUGGCCAACAAAACAUGAGUCAAUUAGGAAUGCUCCAUUCUUGGAACUAUGCUAGUCAUACACCGUACUUUAGUGGAUCAUGUGGUGAAGUCUAUGGUACAACAGGUGAACUUCUUCCACCCACUCUUGACAGUACCAAAUUGCCUGUAUUUGCAUCUGAUCUUUGCAGUUACGUGUCACUGAACAAAAGUGAGGAGAUGGCACAAAAGUAUGGUAUUGAAGGUGUGAGAUUUGAAGGAUCACCCGCUGACUUUGAUAAUGGAACUCUUUAUCCUGAAUACGAGUGUUUUUCUUUUAAGGGAAAAGUUAUGCCUAGUGGUGUCAGGGAUAUGUCAAAAUGCAGAAAUGGUGCCCCAGCAUAUGUUUCCUAUCCUCAUUUUCUUGAUGCCGAUCCUUGGUACAUUGACUCUGUUGAUGGAAUGAACCCCAACCGAUCAGAGCAUGGUUUCUUUGUUGAUCUCGAACCUAGCACAGGACUGCCAUUAGAAGUGAAAGCACAAUUGCAAAUUAAUAUCUUAUUGGAGCCUAUCUCUGGCCUUUCGAUGUAUGAAAAGGUUCCCAAGGUUCUUAUGCCCAUGUUCUUCUUCAGACAAACUGCAGAGCUCACUCCAGAACUUGGCGACCAAGUGAAGCUAUUAUUGAAUUUAUCAAGAAUCGGAACCAUCACAUUUUAUGGUUUCGCAGGAAUAGGGGCUAUGAUUUUGACCAUUGCUGUCAUCAUCACUGUUCGUGGCAAUUGGGGUGAUGAUGAUGAAGCUGCUUCUUUAAUCACUCCAACAGCUGAUUCUGCUAAAAGACCACAAGAAAACUCCUAUUCAGAGAUCUAUUAACCACAAACAUUUGCUCAUUUAAUUCCUAAACCAUUUAUUGUAAGUUAUCACUUGGGAAAGACUGCACUUUUAUUGUAUUUUAAUUGAAGGACUUGUACUAGCGACAAUGUCGGACAAUGUGUGAAACAUUCCAUACAUUUUGGCAUUUUUGCAUUUGCUGACUUACGGGCUGAAUGAAGUGCCUCCUUCCUGCCCCUUCUCAACUGCUCCUCAAAUAAGCUGAGAGGAAAAUGUCUAGAUUAUAUAAACUGUAAUAUGUACUCUAAUUCGUUACAAAAGUUAAUUCAUUAACGUUUACCUUAUGAUCCUUUGCACUAUGAGACUUUUUAAUGCUACUGAUAAACCUACCAAGUACUUUGUAAUUUUUCAUGCCGUUGUUUCCUAUCUUCCUUUUUUUUUCCUUCUUCCUACUUUAUCUUUAUUUUUUGUGUAGUAUCAUCAUGUUAGAUUUUUUUCUCAAAGAUUGUGUUAACGCAUAUGUAAAAUUUAUUGAAGAUGUUGUAUCUGCAAUGGCCUGUAGCAUGGUCUUCCAAUAACUUUUUCAAAAUAGCGGUGGUUUUUUUUUAUUGUUUAAAAUAAGUGUGUAUAUGAUAUUUAUGUAACUGUGAUAGUAUUAUAUUGUAUGUUACAAUAGUUUUGUCCCAAUGAAUUCAAUAAUGCUAGUCUGUUUUUCAAGGCUCUCUCAAAAGUUGUAUCCUCAUUAGGGCUUUUAUACUUCCACUUUUACCUAGGCUUUUGCACACUGAUAGUGUGUUGCCAUUUGCUAUGUACAGGGUUCUGUAAUCAAAGCACCUUAUCCAAUUUUGUUUUGGUUCACAUUUUAAUAGAAUGCCUCACUGCUUCAGAAGUUUGCAGUCAUAGGCUGCUUGCUAAGUCUUUUAUUGUCUCUGGGACCAUUGAAGAAAUAAUUGAAAUGCUAGGGAAAAUAUAAGGUGCUGCUACAUAACAAAGUUCCUUCUGCAACCUUUCUAUGUAGUGGUGAUAAUGGAGAAAUGCAUUGUAAAUUGCGCUGCCCCCAGCACCAUUUGAACCUUGUUCAGCUACCAUUACUGUCUGAAGAAUAUAACAUGCUUGCAUUGUAAGAUAGCAAAACCAGACCAAGGCAUAUCUGCCAAUCUGAAGAUAAGGAAAACACUUGCUAAAGCACUUGUACCCUCAUUUGUGCGGCAAGGCUGGCAAUCAGCAAGCCUUUUUUUAACAUUUUCAUUUGGUUAAAAUUUUAUUUGUGUUCUGCGGUCAUAAAAUUAUUGUGUGUGUGAACCAUAAAAGCUUUAUAAACCAUUAAUUCCUUUCAUGGUGUGCAUUGUCAUAUCACCAAAUUCUAUGUGCCAUAAUGAACCUGUUACCCAAAUGGUUAACCAUAUUACAGUGGAACCACUGGGAACAGAUGGCAGUUAUGUCCUCACAAGCUCAGGUUAUUUUUUUAAAUGUCUUGAUAGGGUCACUUUUUGUUACCAUAGGGUGUGUAUCUAGUCCCUCAAAUAGAAUCUUUUGUGUUCAUUUUCCCCUCCUGGUUUGGUGUCAAGGAUGAGAAGAGCAGAACUGAAUUUGGAGUAGAGCUUGCACCUGGACCGACUGUUAGUAAAUAUGUGGCCAAACGUUCCUCUGGGUGUUACCUUGCAUUCAAAACUUUUUCUGCUAUCAGUUAGUAUCUUAGUUUAAAAAGACCUUGUGAAGAAGCAUUUUUUUUACCUUGUGCCUUUUGGUAGUAAGUAUGGAAAGAAUAAUUAAAAUUCAAUAAUCAAAAUAUUCCCUAUAAUAUUGCUUAAGAAUUUUGGCUUGUUUCUUUUGUUGUUUUUUCAUAAUUUGAGAGUGAUUUUGUAACUUGGUUUGUUUACCGCAUUUCAUUUUCACCACUCGAGAGUGCCUUUUUUGUUCACUCUAACUUUUGCUUUUUUGUACUAAUUAAUUAAUUAAUUAGUACAAAAAGCCUUAGCAACAUAGCUAGUUCUCCCAUUUUGCACCAUAAGCAUUAACUAUUUUCAAUUUUAGAAAGAGAAUUGCAAUUUCUAAUGAUGUGUGACUGUUCCAGUCAUUCAUGGUAAUUCAGUGAUCAUAGUAAUCAAAUCUUGUACUUUUGUAGUUGCUGCUAUGGGAUUGCAAUAAUUUUGUAAUUGCUUUGGAAAGAAUUUCCUGCAGGUGUGGUUUUCUGCUAAGGACGAUGUCAAUUCUACAUGACUCAGGCAAUCUCUGAUCUAUCUCUCUUGAUAAUCUUGAUGGCUUGAAAUUCCGUGAAGGAAAUCUGUGAUAAAAAUGUAAGAAAUUUCUUUUUGCCAUAUGCUUGCUCACAUUUCUGCACCUAUCAACCACUGUUUGGGUGUGGGCUUUGUGACUGACACUUUACAAAUGUUUCUGUCGUAAAUUAUUUUGCCCAUGAAAAACGAUUCUUCAAGACCUUUGCAUAACUGAGCUUGAUUGUAUCAUUAAGUAUUUUGUAUGAAACAUCAAAAGUGCCUCAUUAAUGAAAUAUUUAAGAACGCAGUUGCUAUGUGUACCCUCUAACUUGUGAUAUUAAUGUUUAACUUUUGUCAGAUUCUAAUUCUAUCGUUGAACUGUUCAAAAGACCUUUGCUCGAGGCAUUACUUAACCUCCUCGGGAAAAUGUAGGUACUUCAUGUGUCAAUUUGUUAAAUGUCCAAGAAAUAAUUCAAGCAGCAGUUAUUUUUACUAAGGAGGAUCUUUUUAUUCCUUAUUUUCUGGGCAGUAAUGUUUUGUAGCAGAACCUUUUAACUUUUUAUCCCUUUUUGUACUGCAUUAGGGCCAGCACAUCGAUCAAAAAAGGGCCAAACCUCUAGCAAGUAAAAACUGUAAGGUAAAAUGUAAUCAAGUUUUUUGUGUGGGGUUUAGUUUUACUUUCCUCUCAUAAGUGGCAUGUGCUUCCUUCUCUCCCACAAACUAUCACCUUGCACUUUAGCGGUGUUCUAGUUCUAUUCCAUCAGCAGGGAAUGACUAGCAUGUUCUCUCCUGGUUGUAUUUGCAUUGGCUAAACUCUUGAUUCCUGGUGACCUGCGUCGCUCGCUGCCUGUCCCUCACAUUUCAAGCAGCGCUAUGUGGAUGUAGCUGCCUCAUUGCUACGUGGCAAACCCAGUGCUGUUCAAUAAAUGUUCACGUUGGUCAUGUGUCAUGUGUGUCACAAGUAAGGCAUCGAAUUAAAUACCUAUGAUCAAAUUUA